UAAGCACCGGGCGGGCUGCGGAACUCGGAGUCCCAGAAAGCCUCGCGCCCGCCACGACACCCACGUUUUGUCGUCGCCGCCGCCGUCCCGCCGACUGGGAGGCCGGGGCGUUCCCGGAGACUGGGGCUGCGGGCGGUGUGGCGGAGCGGGCCGGGAGGCCGGAAUGGAGCCCCCCGGAGGGGCCUGAGCGAGGCCGCGCGGGCAUCCGGGCGGCGGGCGGACGACGGGCCGCGGCGGGGCGGACAUGGCUCACCUCCGGGGCUUCGCGCACCAGCACUCUCGAGUGGACCCCGAGGAGCUCUUCACGAAGCUGGACCGCAUCGGCAAGGGCUCAUUUGGGGAGGUGUACAAGGGCAUCGACAACCACACCAAGGAGGUGGUGGCCAUCAAGAUCAUCGACCUGGAGGAGGCCGAGGACGAGAUUGAGGACAUCCAGCAGGAGAUCACUGUGCUCAGCCAGUGUGAUAGCCCUUAUAUCACACGCUACUUCGGCUCCUACCUGAAGAGCACCAAGCUAUGGAUCAUCAUGGAGUACCUGGGUGGUGGUUCUGCACUGGACCUGCUGAAACCAGGCCCUCUGGAGGAGACUUACAUUGCUACCAUCCUGCGGGAGAUUCUGAAGGGCCUGGACUACCUGCAUUCGGAGCGCAAGAUCCACCGAGACAUCAAAGCUGCCAACGUCCUGCUGUCGGAGCAGGGUGACGUGAAGCUGGCAGACUUUGGGGUGGCUGGGCAGCUCACGGACACACAGAUCAAGAGAAACACAUUCGUGGGCACCCCAUUCUGGAUGGCACCUGAGGUUAUCAAGCAGUCGGCCUACGACUUCAAGGCUGACAUCUGGUCUCUGGGCAUCACUGCCAUUGAACUGGCCAAAGGGGAGCCGCCCAACUCUGACCUCCACCCCAUGCGCGUCCUGUUCCUGAUUCCCAAGAACAGUCCGCCCACCCUGGAGGGCCACCACAGCAGAGCCUUCAAGGAGUUCGUAGAGGCCUGCCUCAACAAGGACCCCCGAUUCCGGCCCACUGCCAAGGAACUCCUGAAGCAUAAAUUCAUUACACGCUACACCAAGAAGACCUCCUUCCUCACAGAGCUCAUCGACCGCUACAAGCGCUGGAAGUCUGAGGGCCACGGCGAGGAGUCCAGCUCUGAGGACUCCGACAUCGAUGGCGAGGCUGAGGACGGAGAGCAGGGCCCCAUCUGGACGUUUCCCCCAACCAUCCGGCCGAGUCCGCAUAGCAAGUUGCACAAGGGGACAGCCCUGCACGGCUCACAGAAGCCCACUGAGCCUGUCAAGAGACAGCCGAGGUCCCAGUGCCUGACCACGCUUGUCCGGCCUGUGUUUGGAGAGCUCAAAGAAAAACACAAGCAGAGUGGCGGGAGUGUGGGUGCCCUGGAGGAGCUGGAGAAUGCCUUCAGCCUGGCAGAGGAGUCCUGCCCUGGCAUCUCAGACAAGCUGAUGGUGCACCUGGUGGAGCGUGUACAGAGGUUCUCACAUAGCAGGAACCACUUGACGUCGACCCGCUGAGCGCGCUGCUCUUCGUGGCAAGGGGGAGAAGGGUUUUUAUUUGGACUUUGCUGACUUGGAAGCUCCCUCAUGUUGACUGCAAGGACAGGCCAUCCUGCAGACCUCACAGCCAGGUCACCUUCCUGUUCCCCACCUAGUGUGUUGCUCCAUGUGGCAGCUACCCCACCCUGUCUACGCUCCGUGCUUGGCUGAAGCAACACCUCUGGCAGAGAGCCCAUGGUGAACAAGGGAGUCACUGGCAGGGGGCAUGGCCAUUGCAGCCUUCCUUCUCUCUAAAGCUGGCCCAGCUCUCUGGACUCAGACCAAGGAGCAGAGCAGCUACGGAUCCAGUGGCUCCAUCUUCCCCCACCCUGGGGGCGUUGUCCUCAGGGUCCAUGGUGGCCCAACAUGGUCCUGGACUUGCCUCAUGGUAUGGGAUCAUAUGCUUCGUCGUCUCAUGAGUACUCAAGUCAUCCAGAAUGUUUUGUUUUUUAAGCAGUUUGAACUUAAUCUCAAGUGUUCUGAAGGGUGUUAGUUUUCAUAGAGCAUUGAAGGUCCCACCACUUUAAAUAAAGACGUGGCUUGGA